GCCAUUUCUACAAAGUAAGAGGGGAAUAAAACCCUGAUAAAAACUGAACAGCUGAAAGAAUAUCAAAUGACUUGCCAUUAGCCCGGCAAAUUAAUGUCGGAAGCUUAACGCCUGUAAUUACCUUGCUCUAUUCUCCAGUUCAGACACUCAAGUUAUUGCUGAGAUUGUUUCAGCCCCGAAGACCUGGAGAUAAUUAGUGAUAUAUCUCUAAGAUGAUCAUUGAAAACUUGGAUGCCUUGAAGACGUGGCUCUCCAAAACGCUUGAACCCAUUUGUGAUGCAGACCCAUCUGCCCUUGCGAAGUAUGUUGUCGCCUUGGUAAAGAAAGAUAAAUCGGAGAAGGAAUUGAAAGCACUAUGCAACGACCAGUUGGAUGUAUUUCUACAGAAAGAGACCCAAACAUUUGUGGAUAAACUUUUUGAAGCUUUGAACUCAAAGAGUUACCUACCUCAGCCUGUCCUCGAGCAGCCUGCCUCCACGAGCCGCCCCGCCGACUCGCACCAGCGCACAGACAAGGAUGAGCCAAGGAAAGAAGAGGUGCGCAGGCCCCAGGAAAGGAUUGGGCAGAGGGAAUUGUUUGGGGUGCCCAGUCGUGAGGAGGACCGAGAUAAAAAGUUCUCCAGGAGGGUGAACCACAGCCCCCAGCCUAGCCGCUACAGUCGAGACAGCAGAAGACUGGAUGACCGCAAGAAGGAUGACCGCUCCAGAAAGCGGGAGUAUGAGCGGAACUUGCCAAGGCGCGACUCGUAUCGGGAGCGCUACAACCGGCGACGGGGCCGUAGCCGCUCCUACAGUCGCAGCCGCAGUCGGAGCAAAGAGCGCCCCCGCGACCGUGACCGAGACCGCGAGCGGGACCGUGACCGUGAGAGAGAGCGCGACCGCACACGCAGCCGCUCACGGUCCAGGAGUCCUGGUCGCAGUAGAGAGAGGGAUUCUGGGAAGAGCAAGUACGAGCACGAACGUGCUGAACGACCGGACACAGGGCCGGCCGAUGGUUACUCCAACCCCCCCCUGGUUCCUGGCCCCUCCUCUUCCCACUUCCCUGUGCCUACGCUCAGCAGCACCAUCACAGUCAUCGCCCCUGCCCACCAUGGCAACAACUCCACGGAGACCUGGUCUGACUUUCCUCCAGACCACCAGCUUGAUCACGCCCCCUACGCCAGAGGAGCUGUACCCCAACAGAGGAAGCGCUGCCGGGACUAUGAUGAGAAGGGCUUCUGCAUGCGGGGGGACAUGUGUCCCUUUGACCACGGCAGUGACCCUGUGGUGGUUGAGGAUGUAAACCUUCCCAGCAUCCUCCCGUUCCAGCCUCCACCUCUCCCUGGGGUGGAUGGUCCUCCCCCGCCUGGCCUGCCCCCUCCCCCACCCCUGAUGACGCCUGUCAACCUCAGGCCGCCUGUACCCCCUCCGGGUACCAUGCCACCCAGCCUCCCUCCUGUCGCAGGUCCCCCACCCCCUCUCCCAGCACUGCAGCCGUCAGGCAUGGACGCCCCUCCCAACUCAGUUACCAGCUCAGUGCCCACCAUUGUUACAUCAGGGGUGAGACCCCCCAUCACCCAGCCCCCUCCCCCUCUCUUCACCUCUGACUCCUUUGAAAUGGAUGGAUACAAUCCAGAGGCUCCCAGCAUGAGUGGCAGUAGACCCAUCUUCCGUCACCGUGUCAACCCACAGAGGUCCAAUUUGAUUGGCUUGACAAUGGGAGGGGUGGACCUAGAGCCAAGAGAGAAGAUGCCCAACAGCAACAACAUGCGCAUUGUUUUGGACUCUGACUCCAGGAAGAGAUUAGGUGGACCUCACGAUGGGCCAGGGCCUGUCAAGAAGCCCUGGUUAGACAAGCCAAGCUACAAUAAGCCUAAUCACCAGGGCUUCCAUAAGAAGAAUCCCUUCAGCCUGGCAAACACCAAACUGGACGUACGUGUGAUCCCACCCGAGCUGAACAACAUCAGCAAACUCAACGAGCACUUCAGUAAAUUCGGCACCAUCGUUAACCUACAGGUGGCUUACAGGAAUGACUCGGAAGCGGCUCUGAUCCAGUUCUCCACCUAUGAGGAGGCCAAACGGGCCAUGCUGAGCACUGAGGCAGUCCUCAACAACCGCUUCAUCAAAGUCAACUGGCACAGAGAUGACCCCCCACCAACACACACAUCCCAAAAUAUGCAGCAGGGCAUCCAGCCUUCCCAGGAUGUCCCAGCCACCACCCCCAAACAAUCGGUCAAGGACCGCUUGGGCCCAGUGCCCGCCUGCAACUCUGAGCUACCACAGGACCCCAACACUGCCUCGCAGAAUGCAUCAAAAAUUUCCGUGAAGGAGAGGCUAGGGUUUCCCGUGAGACCUGCAGCUCCAGGAGGAAAGGUCUGCUCUCCGUCCAUGGGGCUAACAAAGACCGUCUUCAACCCAGCAGCACUCAAAACUGUCAACAAGGGAGCGUCGUACAUGGGCACGACCACUCCUGAGGAAGCACUGAAGAGAAAGCAGGAAGCCAUGAAGCUGCAGCAGGACGUGAGGAAGAAGAAGCAGGAGAUUCUGGAGAAGCACAUUGAGGCCCAGAAGCUGCUGAUCUCCAAGCUGGAGAAGAACAAGAGUAUGAAGGCGGAGGACAAGGCUCAGAUCAAGUCCACGCUGACCACCCUCACUCAGAGCAUCACCAAACUCCAGGAGGAGAUCAAAGGCCUCGCCAGCCCCAGCAUGCUUAAGUGCAUCAAGAGCAAAGCCCAGGCACAGAAGGAGCUUCUGGACACAGAAAUGGACCUGUACAAGAAGACCCAGGCCGGAGAGGAUACCGCCCAGCUGAAGAUCAAAUACACACAGCUCCAACUUGAGGCGGCCAAGCGGGGGCUCUUGAGUACGGCGCGGGGCCGAGGGGCUCACGCACGGGGUCGUGGGGUUCUGAGGGGCAGGGGCCGUGGGAUCAGGGGCAGAGGGCGUGGGGGCCAGUCAGUGCACGCAGUGGUGGACCACCGGCCCCGCUCGCUCGAGAUCACUGGCUUCAGUGAUGCAGACCGCGUAGACGUUCUGCCACACUUUGCACAAUUUGGGGAGAUUGAGGAUUGCCAGAUGGAAGACUUGUGUCAGAAUGCCAUAAUCACCUACAAGACCCGUGCUGAAGCAGAGCUGGCGGCGCUGCAUGGUGUGAGGUUCAAUAACCAACUGCUGCGCCUGUCGUGGCACAAGCCGCCUGUGCCACUCACCACCAGUGACCCUGAGGAGGCCGAACCAGAGGAGGAGGAGUUCCAGGAGGACUCGCUGGCGGAUGACGUGCUGUUGCAGGAUGACGACGAGGAUGACGAUCAUGAAUCUCGCCCAUGGCGGAGAUGAGGAGGAGGAGGAGCAGGAACAGGAGUAGGAAGGCCCGGCAACAAGCUGCAUUGAGCUGACAUUGUUUUUAAUAGUCUACUCACAUUUCCUUUGCUGUUAUUAACUCCGUAGACCAGACAGACGUGUGCUACAGAGGUGAAUUUGGAAGGGGUGGGGGGAGAAGUGGCUGGCGGUAGAACUUUGUGUGUGAAAUUUGACUCAUGUAUAUACCACAAUGUUACUUUUUUUAAGCUGUAAAAAAGGUUUCUUUGGUGUGAAGGCUUGCUUGUUUGAAAGGAUGCAUUUUUUGUUUGUUUGUUUGUUUGUUUUUUAAAUGAAUGACUGGAUUAUUUGGGUACAUUAUGACUGACUUUGGGUGGACUGCCGACUGGUUUUUGUUAAAGCGUUUGCUAGACGUCCUGUGAUGGAAGGAGGUGCUUUAACAUAGUUUAGCAAUUAAGAGCCUCAUAGUACAGCUUUGUUGCAUUUGAUGUACAUAUUUUAUGUCUUAAAUUUUAAUGAUUUGUAUGACUAUGCUCUUGUACACUUCUGGAUUCUUGGCUUUCAUUUUGAAAUGUAAAAAAGAGAAAAUAAAGAAUUGAAAUGGUCUGAAAAAAAUCAGCUGUCAAAAAAGAUAAAAAAAAGAAAAGAAAAAAAAAAAAACCAUUUGAGAUCACCUAUGCCUUAAACGGCCGAAAAAGAUGAGAAAAAAAAGAAAAGAUGGAAAAGCUGAAAAAAAUAAAGACCAUUUCAACCCCCCCACCCCCAAUUCUCACAAAAAAGCAAUAUUCCAAGAUAAACUUCCACAUAUUGUGGAAUCCUACUUUCCAUAUUCCUUUUCAUCCCACCUGGUGAGUAGUCUGGUAAAUUCGAGGCAUGACCUAAGGUAAGAGGCACCUGAGGUAAUAGCUGAGCCGCUUUACUGUGUGGACGUCUUUCACCUUUUUGGUCAUAAUUUAAUGUACUAUUCCAUACUUUGGUUCUUGUUAUGCAGAUGACCACAUACAUCUUGUUUUUGUCCUUUGCUCUAUUCCUCUCCAGACAACUCUUAUGGGGAUGGUGCUGCUUUACCCGGAAACUGGAAGACUUCUCCGACAACCCAGAUGGACUGUUUGCUGUUUAUGAACUGUCUUUGUAUACUCCACUUGCUGUUGGUGGGGCCAUGGGUGUAUGGACCUUGUGGUGGCCCUUGCAUGCAAACUACUGCCCUCCAAUGAACCACAAAUCCCAGGAACCCUGGCGUCUAGGUGAAAUGAGAGCCAUAAAUCAGAGAGACUGCUGGGAAUUGGCAUGAUGCUAAGGGCCACACAGCUGAAAUGACCCACAAUUCCACACUG